AUGAGCCACGAUUUCGCUCUUUUGCCACCGAAAAAAUCGUCGAAAUUUUUGGCGAAAAAUAUGAUAUCAAUGCCGAAUAACUUUAGACAUUUAGCGCAUAUGGAAAAAGAAGACGCAUGGACAGUUUUAAAUGGGAAUGGGAAUGAAGGAAAUCAUGAAUAUCUUCGACCAUCGUCUUCAAAUGGAGGAACAUUGUCGAGACAAUUAGAUCGAAGCGCUACACGCGAGAUUCCCGAAAUUGGCUCAAUUCGAAAUUAUGAAAACCUGCAUACAUCGCACGCAUAUCAAAAUGUGGCGGUUAAAAAAAGCCCAAAAUCUUAUCGGGCUCCAUCGCCGCCGCCGAGGAUUUCGAAACCAACAUUGAAUUCAAAUGUCGAUGAGCAAAUUACUGAAACAAUCAUCUUCAGAGCGAAUCCGAGGCCAGCAACGAUGAUUGAAAAUGAGCCUCAACCGACGAUUGCAACUCCAGAGAGAAUCGAAGCUCCCAAACCGAAUUCUAUUGUCCUUGAAAGGCCCGAAUUUCUUUUAUGCUUUGGACUUGACGAUCCAAUUCCAGUUCAAAAAAACCCGACUCCUCUUCAUUCAUUUUCUCCACUUCACCGACCAGUCACAUCUCAAACCGAAACUCCGAUUUUAACAUCUCAUUCGACUCAUCAAACAACUUAUGAAACUCCAUCUCGAAUGGGAACCAUCCGAAGUACAUCACGUCAAGGAACUGAAAUUUUGGAAGAUUUGGAUGCUUGGCUUGAUGAAAUUGAUGAGAUCGACCGGAAAAAAAUUGAAGAAAUGGAAACUGAUGAGGAAGGCUAUCCAAGCACGCUUACUGAUAAGGAUUUUAUGAGAAAACUUGUCAAAAAAUAUUCGCUUCCGAUAAAGCCAGAGACUAUCAAGAUACGGCAUGGAAAAGGAAGGGCUCCUUCGAUACCGAGGCUUGAGAAUUCGAGUUCGGAAAAUGUUGUAUUCCGACCGGUUAGUGAGCCGUUGCCGCCGCAAUUCGAAGCUCCAGUUCCUCCGACAACAGCAAAUCAAAAUCUAUCAAGGAAUAUGAUGGAUUUGCGGGCGAUUGAUUCAGAGGACGACGGAACAAUUCCGAAGAAUCUCGCAAAAUUCAUUUCAUCUCGUGCCCAUCGUCUCAGCGAUUAUCAAGAGCCCGGCCUUGAUCGAUUGACUAUCUCAUCAGGAUUCACCGAUGUGUCAACGACAUCCUCGAUUCCAUAUUCGAGUAAUUCCGAAUCAAUUCAUGAUGAAGAUGUUAACGAAACUGACAAACCAAUACCACUUCCAAGAACCAAAACUUUGAGAUUCACGAGAAGCGUCAUCAAUCGAAGUCUGCAUCAAAUCAACACAAAUAUCAUUAUUUCUCAUGAUAAUUGGUAUCUAAAUGAUGAGAAAUAG